UAAACAUAUUAACUUACAAAGCUUUUGAAUGAUAGUAAUGUAAUUUAUAGUAAGCGCAGAACUUAUCCAUUUAUGAAAUUAAAUAUGCAUUUCCACCAAUGCAAUACGUGCAAAUACAUAAUUCCUCACACUCAGGUUUGCUAAAAGGGUCCUAGGAGAGAAACUUAGUACGAUUAUUGACGGUGCUUAACACUUGAAUUAAAAUUUCCCGUAUAAAUCUGGUGUUAUCUGUCAUGAUGAGUUUUAAUUGCCAAUGUCAUACUGUUCAAAAUGUAAUGGAUGGCCUCCAGUUGUUAUAGAUGGUCCUAUUUAUUAUAAUACCUUGGACAAAGUUUUAAAGUUAAUGCGAUUUGUUCGUAAGGAAAGUCAAGAAAUGUUAUCCAAUGUGUAUCUAAAGUUUGCUUCCGGCAUAAUACUCCAAAAUAUCAGCCAAUGUUGAAAUUUUACGGAAUUAAAUUGUUAAACUGUUGGGUAAAACUAUUUUCAACUUAUUGACUUUGAGACAUCUUUACAAGGUAUCCAAACUACCAGGGCAUAAACGUCCUCUUAUGUAGCCAUGUUCGGUUCCUUGUCUGCUCUGUCCAGGAUGGGAGUAUCCUAUUAUGUAACCACGAAACAAUAAAAUUCUGGAAAACCAGUUCAUGUCGUUCAUUGAAAUGGCAUAACAGAAUGAAGACAGCAAGCCGAUUUCUUUCUCCUGUUGAAUGUGCUCGCGGGGAGGAGGUUGGUGAAAUUGGAUCCAUCCUCAUCAUGUCCAUUGUGCUUGGGAUACUUGUAGUGCCUACUGUUGUGUAUGGACAACGGCCGGAGUCCGACACCGAUGCCGUUAAUAUCGUCACGGGAAUCAACGUAACCGUUAGAUUGCUAGCGGCGGUAACGCUGGUUGUUGCAUUUUCUGCAAUUCGCAAUAACAUGCAGGAGUGGGUCAACGAUAAGAGCUCCAACAUGAUAAUAAAAACCAAAUUGGUAUUUAUCUGGAUUUUUGGAUUCGCCAAGAUGGUAUUCAUUACGAUAAAAGUCCUGUUCUAUCUGAAAUGCAGAUAUUUAAUAUCACUCGAGUUGACAAAAACUAUAAUCACUGACUGCUUCACAAGCAUCAUAUUUGUGAUUUUACAGCUUGUCUUUUUUCAGUAUGUUGCGCGCUAUACCUUUACGACCAAACCCAUCAUUAAAUAUAUCUCCUCAGUUGUCGCCAUCGCAAAUGUUAUGGAUUUUUUCAUAGCGCUUACAUUAAGUGUCAACGAAAACAAAGAUCUCAUUUUCGAUAGAAAUGAGACAGAUAUAGAAAACUGCACCGGAUAUAGCCUCAAAACAGUCAACAACAUCAUGUUUAUCAAUGAAGCUUUCAAAGCACCAAUCAAUCUUCAAUUUUCGGCGCUGGCAAUAACUCUUGCUUUCAGUAUGAAGGCAGAUGCUGAAAACCUAUUAAGUCAGUGCAAUAUCUUGGGCUUAAAAUUUUCAUGGACGUCUCCGAAGAGGUUGGCAAAGAUUAUCACUACCAUUUUACUUAUGAAUGUUCCCCUUCUGGUUUGUGCACCAUUCAAUAUUUUAAAUUCCGAGAGUGAAACUCAAUCCCGGAUAUGGUUGAGUUUAAUGUUUGCACAAAAGACGGCUGCUCUAAUUUGCAUUUUAUCUAUUAAUUAUCUGAUGUUUAAGAAACUGAAAUUGACCGUGAAAUAUGUCAGCAUCAAUGCAAAUGAAUUCAUGCUUUUACUGAGUACUAUCGGGGUAAUGUCUUACAUGUCGAUGCAGGCAUUUUACCAACGUGACGUCGAUGGUAUUCUGACGUCAUUGAUUGCCAUUAGCCUGCCCUCUAUUCUAUACCAGGUUAUCAUCAUUUUAUUUGGGAGACGAGUGGACCUUAUUGGCAAUGAAAUUUCCGCUGUACAUUCGAUUCAACAACUUGUGCUUAUCCUUGGUUGCCAGAACAUAGCAGUAUGGUUCAACGAUUUUCUUUACGGCGUUUGGGACAUGUCCAAUGACCAUAUACUUCGACAUAGUGUAUUCAAGUAUAUAGCACUCAUACUGUACCCUUUGUUAGCCUACUAUAGGUUUCAAUCUGCUAUGGAGCUUAUGGAGUUGUACUGCCACGUGUCUUGAAAUACAACAUAUGCAAUUGCUUUGAAUUAAAAGUUAAUGUAUAAAAAAAGAUGUGAUUGUAAAUCCAAAUAAAAUGAUCGAGUCUUAUGAAAAUAAAACCUAUUGUUUAUCUGGAAUGUUGACUAAACGAAAUUAAAAUUUUAUAUAUGAUAAAGAUUAUUAUGACGGUCAAACGUGGAAUAUAAAAAGGCAGAUGAGCAUACAUUUUAUUUCAAUUUUUCCGUGUACGAUACAUGUAAAUUAAAUGUCGCGUUGGGUACUUUUUAGUAAUACAGAAAACACGGAAAUUUUUGAUUUGGUUCAGUUGGUUGUUUCUUUAAAUAAAUACACUCAGAUAGGAAGGGAGUUUGAUAACAUCUAAGAUAAACAGAUUAACAGGUGUGAAUAUAAGACGUCCGAUAGACAUUGCCCCUAUAAACCAAACCAUUCUUGCAAUAUGCUUUGGACUCUGUUCAAUAUGUAAUAUUUUGUGUCAUUAAUGUAUUUACAUCUUAUUUAAGGUUGUAUGAUGUUGUA